AUGGCUCUCCAGGUAGCUGACGUUCUGGCAGAGUUCCUACCUGUUAUCAACGGUACUGCUAUGGUGGCGGUGGGUGGCACGGAAACGGGUGAUGAUCUAAAUCAUUUCAAUGAACAUGGAGCACAUGUUGUGAUCGCCACGCCGGGACGCAUGGAAGAGCUUAUGCGGCGGUCACAGGCGAUGAAUCUGAAGGAAUUGGAAAUUCUAGUGCUAGACGAAGCCGAUCGUUUGUUGGAUAUGGGGUUUGAAAAGUCCAUCAAUAAUAUUUUGAAGCAAUUACCAAAACAAAGGAGGACGGGUCUGUUUUCAGCUACUCAAACGCAACAACUGGAUCAGAUCAUUCGUGCCGGAUUGCGCAACCCUGUGCGAGUAAACGUGAAGGUCACAACGGGGACCAAUACUCUCAGAAGAAGCACGGCCACGCCGGUGUCCCUUAAAAACUUCUUCAUGGUUUGCGGAUACGAAGAUAAACUAUCCCAAUUGGUCGCUUUCAUGGAAACGCACAUUGAUGAAAAAGUAAUCGUGUACAUGAACACUUGUGCAUGUGUGGACUACUUCCAUAGUCUCCUCGGUGGCAUAUUUACUAGGCGAAAGACCAGGAUACAGUUACAUUCACUUCAUGGUAAAAUGGUACAUAAAAAACGCUCGAAAACAUUCGAAGCGUUUAAAAACAGUGUUAGUGGGGCUUUGCUAUGUACCGACGUGGCUGCUCGUGGUCUUGACAUGCCCGAUAUCGACUGGGUAGUUCAAUUAGAUCCCCCCCAGGAUCCCGAUCAAUUUGUACACAGAUGUGGCCGUACUGCUCGUCAAGGUCGAGUCGGUAGUGCGCUGGUGUUCUUGGCACCGCAUGAGGACACAUACGUUGCUUUCAUGAGGAAACGAACUGUUCAAAUGCACGAGAUGAAGCUAGAUCUGAAUGCCGAUGAUGUCUUUAAUACUGGCAGGGACGUUGCACUGCAGGACCGUAGUGUCUACGAGAAAGGGCUGACAGCAUUUGUGUCAUUUAUACGAUCAUACAGAGAACACAAAUGCUCAAUCAUCUUUCGAGUUCGCGAUCUAGAUAUGUUGGGUAUAUGCAGGUCCUUUGCGCUGUUGACGUUGCCUCGAAUGCCCGAACUCAAAUCAGUCAGUCAGGGACGCACUUCGGGGACCACAGCAGACAGCUUGACAAUCAGUGAGGCAGAAAUCGAUGUUCAAAAAGUAUCGGAUUGCAAUACACCUCCCGGAAAUGAAGAGGAAAUCGAGAAACUGAAUGAGGACCAUGUUAAAAAGAGAUCAGGGGAACAGUCUAAUGUACUUACUGGAUCGCACGUGGAGAAUGCAACCCCGACUUAUUUAUAUCCGCCAUGCCCAGUAGAUCCAUCAACAAUAGCAUAUAAAGAUAAAAACAGAGAGGCGCAAAGGCAGCAGAAGUUGGUUAUGGCAUCGGCAAGGGGUGAACACGAGCAUACGAAACGAAGGAAAAAAUCAGAACAGCCUACAGCGUGGUCACAACAGAAGGAACGGAAAUUGAUAAAAGAAAAGAGACGAGAUAUUAAAGCAAAGAAACGAGAGUGGCAACAUCAGCAAACUUUGGCUGAUGCUGCUGAUGGUGAGUAUUGGAUUAGUACCUAA